UAUGUAUGGCUAGCAGUUAUUAGCUUACUCCCCACCAUCAGUGAGUAUAAGUACAUGUCAAUUCACAAUGAAACGGCGUCCGUGAAUAUUUAACAACAAACGACAGUCACACUUUGCUUUGAAGUUAUUGUGUGAGCGUUAAUGCAUAUGUGACGCACAGAGCGAACAACGUUUUAUCGGUUGGAGAAUAUGGUUGUGAAUCUGUGUUUGCCACAGUUUCAUACAACGGUCCAUUGCAACAAGCUGUGUGCAGAUGGCUAUGAUGUAACAAACCUUGUGACAGAUGACCCUGCCCUUCGGAGUCGAGGCUUCAAGCUCGAGUACUUUUUACGUCCACCUGUUCAGGUGACGUUGAAGUUUGGCUUCCAGGUAGAGCUGAGCAGGGUGGAUGUGGAGCUGUGGCCCUGGGGUAUGGACCGAGGUCAGACCAGCAAGAGACUGGAGAUCAGCACCUGCUCUGAUCCGUUACCUUCCCACAGUUUUGAACAAGGCUGCAAAGAAGGUCAGCAAAAGCAACAAAUGCAGAUGCGAGUAAAGGACCAGAAUGUACAGCAUGAAAAAAGAGGUCAAGACUUUGACCAUGAUCACCGCAGUAAUAGCCACCAUUGGAGUCUUCAGGCCCAGCAGUGGGGUCAAGAGUCUGAGCAUCAACAUAGGCAGUCGGUUAAAGAGUGGCCACGAACAAAUGCUGAAUCCAGCCAGCCUGAGCCAGAGUUUAGAUUGGUUGGCCGUUGUGAACUUAGAGAAGAAACACAAGUCUGUUUUUCACAUUCAAAGUGUAGACCCCGGCCCCCGUUCCUCUCCCCACCUCCCCCACAGCCUGUGAACUGUCAAGAACAGGAGCUAUGGAGUCGUGGUCAUCUUUCGUUGGGCGCAGUGACGCAGCUACGUGUAACUGUGCCAUUUGGCGGUGCGGCAUCUGCUAUGGGGUUCAAGGCUUUGUCUGUUUGGGGACAACCGUCUCGCUGCUGCUCUGCAGAGGAAGUAGAGAGGAUUCAAGUGGUGCAUGAGGCCAGUAAUAGACCACUUCCACAACCUAUGCUUUUUGACCCUUCUGCCAGACAAACCAAACCACCACUUCAAGCAGACACACCUCAAAGUCAUCCUGUGCCAGAAGAGUUCCUGGAUCCAUUAACCCAGGAGAUAAUGACACUGCCUAUGCUGCUGCCAGGUGGUGUAUCAGUGGACAACAGCACUCUAGAGGAGUACCAGAAGAGGGAAGCCACUUGGGGUAGACCCCCAAACGAUCCCUUCACUGGUGUCCCGUUCACUUCGACCUCCCAGCCUCUACCUAACCCCCAAUUGAAAACCCGUAUUGAUCAUUUCAUCCUGCAGAGUGGGGAGGUGAGGAGGGAAGGGAUGUUGGGAGGGCGAGGGGAUGGAGAGAAUCCACAAGCUUCAAGACUUGUAGCUUCUAGGGUUGACAGACCGUCCCAGAAAUCGCAAGUUCUCGGUCAAGACUCGAUAUACAACACUGCUGUUCAAAAUAAUGUUGUUUCUAAAAACUUGGAGAGCCCAAAACAAGUAAAAGACACUGAAUUAGGGGAGUCAUCAGAUGCUGGUAAUCGUAAGACUGACUCACAGCCUCUUUCUAAAGGUAAUAAAUCAGAGAUGGAUCAAAAGCAGAAACGGAAUCUAAGUACAAUUCCUAAUGAUGCCACAGAAGAGAAUCAACUACUACCUCAAAUAAAAAGACCAAGAAAUGAUGCAGUUUCGGCCCCCAGCUGCAGCUCCCAUGAGCAGCGUUUGUCAGCCAGCCUGGAUGAAGCCCUCUUCUCCGCACUUAAGGGUCGACCCUCCUUCACCUCAAACCUGCCCCAUCAAAGACGGGUUACUCCCGACUCAGAAACUCCGCUCACUACACAGCAGUGCCACAGAUCAGGCACUUCAAACAUCUUUACAAGUGAGAGGACAUGUUCGGCGUGCUCCUGUUCCGUCUCCGCUUACUCCAUGUCGACAUCGCCCAUCUAUCGCCUGACCUGCGCUCAUUUGCUCUGCCACGCCUGCCUGCAGAGGCAAACGCAUCCUCUGAACUCUGUCAGCACAGCAACAUCCAAUCACAUCUCGUGUCCCACCUGUCAAAGCUCUACCCCACGCAGUGACAUCAUGCGUGUGCACAAUUGAUGGAUGCCGCGGAAAGGUAAAGGUACACCGUCAAUCGUCAAAGGAUGGAUUUUUUUUGUUCAACCUUUUGAGUUGAGUUAUUGAGCACAUAUUUCUCACUGUUUUUAUGUUUUGUAUUGUUGCCGUCCAUGUGUGUUUUGGGCACUUGUGUUCUAACAAUGAACUGUACUUUAUUCUUAUGAGUUACAACAUCAGAUUACUCAGGCUGAACAGGCUUUUCAAGUCCACAGCUGGACUGAAAGCAAAGACCUUAACAAAAUUCUUGCUUAGAAAAGCAUGUUUAAAAAAAACAUUCUUGAGAAAGGUUCUUCGCCUACUCACCGUGUUCAAUUGAUAUUGUUCAUCUUGUUGGAGCCUUGGGUCUGCAGCCUGUAUUGUUGUCCUGGAUGUGUAGAUGGAUGAGAAUCCACAAAGAAAAGGCCAAGGAAAGAACGCACUGAGAGCAAGAGGCCAAAAAGAAUAAAUGUGGAAAUUUAGUCGACUCAAGGCUGCAUGAUCAUUGUGAGGAAACGGGCGGGGUAAUGGUUUGCUGAUCAGCUGAGGCCAUUCAUUUCUCUUCUUUCCUCCUGUAGGCAGACAUUGCAAUGAAAAGGACGCCCUGGAACUGACUGUGUGUUUAUUAAACUGUAUAUUCUACCAUGAAUUCCCACAAUUGCACGUGUCUGUCAUAUACAGCAUUUACUGUCCUCUCGGUGUCUUUGCUCACAGUUUGCACAAAAGGGUUAAACAAAGCAACGUCAUGAGUAUGGGGAGGGAGUAAGGUGUUUAUUGAGCUUUAUGGUCACAAGCAGCAUCAUUCAAAUGUUCUGUUUCCCUGACAACAUUAAGCUUAACCAAGGUCGUGAUCCUAUAUCCGCUCAACAAGAGGUGUUCUGCAUGUGAAAUAGGGACGUUCGCUUCACUGUUACAGCCACAAGUUGGAGACCAAUCACUUAAAUGGCACUAAAACUGGGGAAAAGUGAUUUUAACUACUGUGUCCCAUCUUGUAAUUUGAUAAAUGCUCCCUGUGGUUACAUGUAAAAGCUUAAUUUCCUCUCUAAUGCAUGUAGGAAAUGUAUAGUACAGUCCACUUUUUGUCUUUAUUAAACGAGUAAUUGUGAAUGCCUCAGUGCUAAUUAAAACAAGGCCUUCACACCUAGACCUGUGGCCCCUGAUGUUUUAAUUAUGCACUUGUUAAUGAGCAUCACAACAGCUUAAUGGGACAAAUACGAAUCUACGGAUGUUGCAGGACCGCGCAGAAUAAUAAACUGGAAAUAUGAUAUGUUUAUUUGAAAUGCUA